AAAGCGACAAAGAAAAGGGAGAGAAAAGGACGUGGCACUGGCGCACUGGUGCCCUUUCACCACUUGCACUAUCAAUCUUUUCGCGCACUUUUGCGUCUUCCCGCCAUAAACUUCUCGCAGUUUGUGAAGUGCAUAUCUGGAAUCGCUGGCCGUCGAUUGCGACAGCGGUGACGACUAUAAAAGCCGCGAUAACGGUCUCGGUGGUCUCGGGCGGAAGGUGAAAAGCCGCGGAAGAGUUGCCCGGCAGUCCGAUACGAACGAUGUGUCCGAGCGGUGCCAAGAACGCGGUGUCGUGCUUCGCCAUCGUCGCUAUGUGCCGCAACCGUGGGAUCGGCGUAAACAACACCCUGCCUUGGCGUCUCAAGAAAGAGCUGGCCUACUUCUCGCGACUCACGAAGGAGGCGGCGGAGGGAAAGCAGAACGCCGUCGUCAUGGGCCGGCUCACGUGGGAAUCACUGCCGCCCAAGUCCCGGCCCCUGAGUGACAGGAUAAACGUUGUGGUGAGCAAGACGCUAACAGAGGUUCCGGAGGGACACCACGUGGCGCGGAGCUUUCCAGACGCUGUGCAGAUUUUGCAGAAUCUUGUCGAUGCUGGAAAGGCAAGUGCGUUUGUGAUAGGAGGGGCUCGGCUGUAUCGCGAGCUGAUCGACAGUCCCCACUGCAGCCGCAUAUACCUCACCGAAAUCGACAAAGAGUUUGAGUGUGAUGUCUUCUUCCCGGAAUUCGACGCCAGCAAGUUCCGGCUCAUCAAAGAGGAGGGCGUGCCCGAAGAACUGCAGCAGGAGGGUGAUAUAACGUACCAUUUCCGGGUCUACGAGCGCGUGAAAAACUGAACGUCACGUCUUGGACCUCUUGUGGACGACGAGAAGCGUUACUGCGUCACCAGGGAUGAUGCUGCACCUUAUUGCAUCUUUACAUUUUACAUUGAAAAAGCAUCUUUACAUUGAAAAAGCAUAUUUAUGCUGGCUUGUUGGUACAUACUGAAAUUUGAAGACAGCGCUAGGAUUGGACACACAAUGGAAGUGACAAGAUAGGGUGCUGAGUAACAAGUUUAUUUCACCGUAGCCAGAUAUAUACACCCUCAGAAAAAACCAAGGAUAACUUUGAACUCUAUUGAGCACUCUAUUUCGGCUUAUAUGUUGAAGAUUACAGUCAGUGAUCGAGAUAUCCAUGCUCUUUUUUCACCAUGUCUUUUUAGCAGUUGUGCCCCAUCCUAGUGUUGUUUUCAUAUUUUUUUCUGUAUUAGAAUGCAGAAACUCGCUAGACUGGGCCUGGUUGGCACUAUUCCCGAACAAAAUUGACCCUCGCUCCAGAGAGGAUGAUGCAAAGACGACAGAACGCGUCUUUGUCCUGUCUUUGACACUGUCUGAUUCCGUCCGUAAGCUUUAGACGCAUUUCUGCUUUGUGCGCAACUGUUUCUCGCCCAUUACAGAAAGUGCUAGGCACUAUUUUUUUUACAUUUGUACAUGCUCACUCUCUAUUCUUAGAUUACCGAUGAAUAUCUGAAACGUACGGCGUCGUCUAUUGUUAAAGAGAGCGCCUAACGAUUAAUGAGGUGACGCAACUGCAACAUUUCUUCAUCAAUGGAAACAAGUGCCUAAUAUAUACUAUAAUCAGGUGUACUGUCUGUUCACGACAAACUUGUUUGCGGACUUCCGUGCCAUAUCCGAGUGAUUACGGCACUAAAAUAAACGUUCCCUUUAAGAGCAUGCCACAGUGUACUUGCUGACAUUUGUCAUUCACUUGUGCUCAUUUGAAAAAAAAAACAAAAAACAUUUGCAUGUCUGUUAGUGCUCGCUAAAACAGACUUAGCAAAACACUGGUGCUGUUUCUUCAUGUAUCUUCAUCUUCAUGUGCAGGAAUCUACGUUCAAGCAUCCAAGCUUGACCUACGUGAUAAAGUUAACUGUGGUUUCAAAACAUUUUUGUUUGGAAUAAAAAAUGGAUUGACCGAAAAUGUGAGCAAAUUCAGGGUGAACUGAAUUAUUUCACAUAAAAGUGUUUCAUAGAUGUCCAAAUACAGUCUCGAAGGAACAACCUACUGAUCUAAACUUGCUAACCAUUUCCGUACUGGUGACGGGUAAGUGGUCAUAAGUGAAAAGUUCCUCAUCUAUCAAUUCCUCUCAGGCUGCCGUUUGUGUUAUAUUAGGUAGCGUGCAUGUACUGGUUUCUCUUUACAUGCAUGUGCUUGAUGUGUGCACUGAAAGCUUGGCUUGCCACACUUCUGAGACACACGGUACAGUGUUUUCAAAUCGCCUGCGGUACGGAAAUAGUUACGAUUCCGUGUCCGGUGUUUGUCUCUUUAGACAAGCAAAUGUGCUUUUGCAGUGGUCAGUAGCCUCAUAG